UCUCCAUCAUAGUCUACAAAAUUACACACACAGAUGCCAAGUUCAUGAUAAUUUCCUCCCCUAAAUUUGUAUUAAAGAAUUUAUAAUCAAAGAUACAGAAAUCUUAACUUUGUUAAACUCCAAACAAAACCAAUUCAGAAAGGUCCUUAUCCUCUUUGUUUGAUGUGUCUACUAGUGUUCAAUGAGGCUUAUUCACAUACAAUACCUUACUCAAAAUUUGAUCUUGCUCUAAGGCUCUAACACAUAUCAUAAACAUGGGAAGAGAAAAUCAUCACCAUCAACAUCCACUUCAUUAUUUCCACCAUCAAAAUCUCCAUAUCCAUCACAAAGCCACAUUCUUGCCAAUGCUAUGUUCAAGAUCUAUCAAAGAUGUAAGUCUUCCACAAUGUAAAAACAAUUUAAGGUCUUUCUCCAAUGACCCUUUAUCUCCAAGAAUAAGUUGCACGGGUCAGGUGAAGAAGAAUAACCACAAAAUUAGUUUCAUCCCCAAAAGUAACACAUUCUCUAUGUUAUCUCCUAUUGGAAAAUAUUCCAUGCUCAAAAAACUUUUCUCUAGCAAAAACUUAAACACUGCUGCGACAACGGCUACCACACCGUCCAGCUGCGGAAUUAGGCCAAGCCGAGUGUCGGUAAAUAGUGGAGAUUUAUGUAGAAAGUACUACAACCAAAAGGGUCAUAGGAAUAAUGAGAAAAUUGUUCCUAUAAGUAUUGAAAAUAUGGAUCCUCCUCUGCCUGUGAUAAAGAGAGCUAGGAAGUUGGAGAAUGAAAAUCAGGUGGAUAGUCUUUGGAAAAGAAGGUCUGGUGGUGAGGCAGGGUUGAAAAGUUUAGAGCUUCAUCAGAUUCAUCAAAGAAGACGUCAAUUUCAGCUUACAAGUGUUUGAUAAAUGAUUAGAUGGAUGCAAUAUCUUUUAAGAUAAAUCUAUACAUAUAAAACCUGUAUCUUCUGUUUUUAGUUUUUGUAUUGUAUGACAUUUGGAUAUAUUAA